UUCAAGCAUACCUUCUACAUGCCUGCAACUCCAGCCGAUUAUCCACCUGCAGAUACCACUAGAUCUGCCACUCCUGUCGAUCCAUGCGUGCCUCCAUCGGUAUGCCGGAAAGAACUGACCAUACAUUUGGCUGCCACCCAGCUUGAAUCCAGUGAAGACCCCAAAAAUAUGUCUUUGACGCACAAGUGGGUUCUCGUACUCAUUAUCAGUACCUCUGCUUUGUGCGUGACCUGCAACUCGGGAGUUGCUCCUUUCACGGAGGAAGGAAUACAGCACCAAUUCCACAUCUCUCCCGAGGUAUCCAUCUUGAGCAUCAGUUUAUUCUCUGAAGGCCUUGGUGUUGGUCCUCUUCUGCUCGGCCCACUGUCCGAAUUCUAUGGUCGUAAUAUAGUGUACUGGAUAUCCUAUACCUGCUUUUGGCUUACGACGUUCCCUGUCGCUUUCGCGCCCAACGCUGCUGUUCAUCUACUCUUUCGAUUUUGGAGUGGUUUUGCAGGAUCCGCUCUUUUGACUGUUGCCGGUGGAUCCCUCAGCGACCUCUUUGGCGACUCUUCGCUUGCUACACCAAUGGCUGUCUAUACUCUUUGUCCCUUCAUCGGUCCUGUACUCGGUCCCGCGAUCAGUGGGGCGAUAAACCAGCACCUCAACUGGCACUGGACAUACUAUGUUCAACUCCUAUGGGAAUUGAUCCAGCUUCUAUGCCUUGUCCUUUUCGUGCCCGAAACGCAUGUGCCUACGCUUAUGAAGAGAAAGGCCGCACGAUUGCAAAGACAGGAAGAGAGCGAAGGUUAUACUGGGAAAUUGCAGGGGAUCCAGACGGAGCACUCCGUGAUUCAAGCUGUGCUCCAAAGCUGCAUCAAACCUUUCGAACUGUUACUACAUGAACGAAUGGUUUUACUCUUGGACCUAUGGAAUGCCCUCGUCCUCGGGAUCCUGUAUCUUACAUUCCAAGUCUUUCCCAUCAUUUUCGAAAACGGGCACGGAUACGAUAUGCAAAGCACUAGUUUUACCUUUUUGGCCUUGGGACUGGGCAUGUUGAUCAGUCUCUGCACUCAACCCUGGUGGAACCGACUCGAGGCCCGUAGGUCCGCUCGGCAUGCCGGUGCCGUCGCACCAGAGAGUCUUCUCACCAUGGGUCAGGUCGGGGGGAUCUUGGUGCCUUGCGCGCUACUGGUCAUGGCCCUUACUGCUUCCCCGAAUAUUACGCCAGUCCUGCCGAUUCUAGCUUCGAUCCCUUUCGGCACUGGCAUCGUCUACAUGUUUACUUCCACUUUCACUUAUCUCGUUGCUUCAUAUCGUCACUGCGCAGCGUCCGCGUUGGCGAGCAAUGCGGCGCUCAGACUCACAUUUGCGGCUAUCUUUCCACUGUUUGCGAAGCAGCUGUGUAGCGUGCUCGGGACGGAAGGAGCCUUGGGGCUCCUUGCAGGAUUGACAGCCCUCGCAUGUCCAUUACCAUUCAUAUUUGCGAAAAUGGGGGAACGACUCCGAGCUAAGUCAAAAUUUGCUGUCUCAUAGAGAUUCCCUUGCGACUCCCAGGACAUGGCAGUUCUAAAUGCGUGAUAGAAGAAUAUCCAUAGAAUCCACUCAUGAUCCGGACUUACACUAGUAUGAGCUAUAGAUGUAUUGUAUCGUGAUAUCCCCAGCUCAAGUACUUCCAGCGUCUAUGAUCCUCAUAUAUUGAUUUAUUCCCUGUAACGUGUGCAUCUGCGCGAUCCAG